UAACAUAAAAAAUAAAUUGCUACAGACAUUCGUUAGUACCAAAGACAGUAAAAUCGUUGAGACAUUUUUUUAUCAUCCCAACAAGAAGUUAGGCAAAAUUAUUGAUAGGUAAUUUUUAAUAGAAUAAUUAAGAAAUUGGAUCGCAAAACAAAUCUUAACAGAAAAAUUGUGAUUUAAUUUAAAAAUUGAAAUUGUUUUAUUCGAGAGUGAUAAAAGUGAAUAAUAAUAAUAGUAGUAAAUGAUGCAAUUGGUUUGUCGCGCUACUUGAAAUUCAAAGGAACCAAAUUUUCCGGAAAUAAAUUUUCCUCAAGUUCUAUGUGAAAAGGACGAGGAAGAAAUAAGAUGGAGGGCAAAAUGGAUGAUGGAAAGAGCAACCGAACAAAUGCCGAGGUUGACUUCGACUAACUGAAAAGUUUGACGCAUUGUCGUGGAAUAAACGCAGAAAGGAUUGUUGCACGACGUUCAUUUCAUGCAGAAAACUUUAAAAUGUUAUCCUGCUUUCUUUUGCGGUUUCUUCCUCCAUUCCCCCCAUUUUUAUUUUCUCUCCUUUUUUCCCCAUAAUUUCUCUCUCUUUUUCAAUAACUCAAGUAUCCAUAAUUAGGUCCAUUCGACAAGAGAAGAUUAUAUAGAAAAAGAAAAAAAUAAAAUGACGAAUAACACAUUUAACCACGAAGGAAAAGAUGGUGCAGUUCUACAAAUUAAUUCUGAUGGCUAUAAUCACAAUUUUUCUGAUAAUUUAUCGAUCGAUAUUGAGAAUGCAAGUUGCACACAUUCUCGAAACAGGUCACCGAUACCAAGACGAGGAAGUAUUUCCUUGAGUGCAGUUGUUCAUCACCGAAGAGCUAUCUUUGGCGCACUCAUAUCAAGGAUGGGAAGUAACAUUUCUCUACCAUCGACUUUAAAUCAAGAUCAGGAUUUACCAUUAAAUAACCCAUCAACAUAUAAUCAAAUAGCACAAAUUGCUCCUAUGAAUUUAUCUCAGCCAAUGGAGAAUUUAGAUUCUGAGAAUAAUAAUUUACAAGAACAAUUAAUGCAAUUGACGCCUGUAAAUACAGAAAAUAUUCCACUUUCUAAUUUGAGUGUUAAAGGAAGUAUUUCAGUAAGUAGAGUACAAAAUCGGUCACGUUCUAAGAAAAAUAGUCAUGCUCCACAUGCAGAGAUUAUAUCUUCUAUAAGUAUACUUUACGCUAAGUUAUUAAUAGUUGUUGGGGUUGCUAUUCCAGUAACGGCAAGUGUAAGUCAACAAGUUCCUCCCGCUUUGGAUCAGGGAUUUUAUCUUUAUCUUUAUAUAGUUAGCGUUGUAUUUCUCAUUACUUUGUAUUCAACAUUACUCAGAGACAAGGCUGUCAAGAAUUUAUUAGUGAAACAUGCCAAACGAGAAGAAAGAUAUAACACGAAUGAAAAUUCUAAAAUGGAAAUUAACUUGGGGGAUGAUUACAAACAAACGGCCAAAAACCAUUUUCAUCGUCGACAAGUUCAGCAAUACGGGAGCUUUUGUUUGCGACUGGGGACCGUUGGUUUUGGAGCAGGGUCGUUAGUAUUUACCGGAUUGCAAAUUGGCGCGGAAAUAGUAUCCGGACCAUUUAGAGCUAUUACCCCAACAGCAAGGCUCCUAUUGGUGAUGGCUCAGAUGCAUUUUAUAUUUUUAAAUAGUAAAUGUUUAGAGCUCACGAAACAUGGUGCUUUUGCAAAAUUGGGUUUAAUGCAUAUGAUUGCCACAAAUCUUUGCGAAUGGUUACAGGCACUGGUAGAGGAAACACAGCAUGAGAUCGUCCAAUUGGAACACGCGCACGAGGGUGACGACGGCAUCCUAAAAACCCUUCUCAGAGAUGCAAGUCCUUUCCUAUUUCCAUGCACGAUCGAGUUCAGUUUAAUCUGCGCAGUCAUUCUAUUUGAAAUGUGGAAAUGCGUUGACAAAAGAGUCACUAACUCAACGAAAUAUGAAUCCUCAGCAAGAUCCCUUCAUCAUCUUAGUAUCGAUUGCGGUAGUGCUCAUAGGGGUUUAUUUGGAGGUAUUCUAAUAAUAGCAGCGACCGUAUUGAGCCUGAUAAUGUUUUUUGUAUUGAAAGAUUCUCAACCAAAAAUUGCAAUUCAACAAGUAACGGCCCUAGAGAUUGCAAUUCAAAUUUCAGGUGCUCUGGCUGCUAUUGGGGCAGCGCUCAAGUUACAAAAUCUCGAGCACAAGAACACGAAGCCACCGAGACUUGACGCCACUUUAUUAGCGGCAGCUCAAGCCGGUGUAUAUCUUCACAGCUUCUUUGGUGCAGUAGGUGGAAUCUUAACACGAGGACCUAUAUGGGGACUUCUUCUAGGCUUGGACUUCCUCGCUCUACUACAAAGUACCAUGCAAACUUUGCUCAUCAAGAUCGCUUGGCGACGAAGAUCAACAACAAAUGAAAAACCCGGUAAGGAGCUAAUAACAUUUUUGAUUGUCGUUAAUGUGGCACUUUGGACGGUAAAUACAUUUGAAAAAUCAAGAGCUGGAGUAAGACCCGAUCAUUUAAGAUUUUUUGGUGUCUGGGCUUGGACAAUAAUUAUUCAUGUCUCAAUGCCAUUGGCUAUUUUUUAUCGAUUUCAUUCGGCUAUUUGUCUUUUUGAAGUUUGGAAAAGUUGCUAUAAAUAUCGACCCGUUGGUGAUUGUCACAGAUUUUCUCAUCGACAUUGUAUUGAUCAAUAAAUGAUAUAACUAAUCGAUAAAUCAUGAACAAAAUAUUUUAAAGAAUUAGUGAAAAAAGUAGUAAAAUUUUAUACUGAGAUAUAUUUAGUAAAUAAAAUUUUCAAUAAAAGCUAUUAAAAUUGAUUUAAAUUUUUACUGUUACAAUAAAAUGUAAUAUAAUAAAAAAA